AUGGCCAAGCUUUCUGUCACAGUGGAAGAGACAGUAUUUACCACAGACAAAGACCUGCUGAUGAAGCACAGUGAAUAUUUCCGUGCUCUCUUCCAGUCUGGAAUGAAGGAAAGUACCCAGGAUGAAAUACAGCUUCGCAACUUGGGUGCCAUGGGCUUUCUGAUAACUCUGAGGGUUCUAGGAGGAGAAAGGCCUCUUUUGAGCUGUGAGGAAAUCCUGCAAGCUGUGGAGUGUGCAGCCUUUCUUCAAGUCGAGCUCCUUACCGAGCACUUGGUCAACCUGAUUGACUCUGACAACUGUCUAGUUAUGUAUCAAGCUGCUGCCACCUAUGGACUUCUAGACUUGUUUUACGCUGUAGCCUUGUACAUUCGAGAUAUUUACGAGCUGCUGGAAGAUGAUAUCCAAUGCUUGCCCCCUGACCUUGUUCAGUAUGUAGACUCCCUCGCACCAAGCUCCUUUGUUGCAGUAGGUGCACAUACCCCAACUAUAGAGUUCCUUGAGGAUGUCUCAAGAACAAUGUGUUUUUUAGAUGAAGAGAAGAACCAAUGGCAGAGUUUGGGCUGCAUUCCAGAUGAAGCAAGCACUUUUUUAGCUGGUGUAGCCACACUGGACGAUAAAGUUUACGUUGUUGGGGGCGCCCGGGGGGCAAACAAACAAGUGGUGGAAAAGAGCUUUUGUUAUGAUCCAGACCAACACAGCUGGAGUGAAUUUGCCAGUCCACAUCAGCUGCGAUAUGAAGUGACACUAGUUGGACAUAAGGGACAUCUAUACACCUUUGGUGGUGAAUAUGAGAGAGUUCCUGUGGCCUCUGUGGAGAAAUACUCGCUCACUUCCCAGAUGUGGACUUUUGGCAAAGAGCUACCACAGGCCGUAGCAGGUCCCCCCGCCACAAAGGCCAUGGGUAGGCUCUUCAUAUGCCUCUGGAAACCACAAGAGACAACUAUAAUUUAUGAAUAUGAUACCUACCAGGAUGAUCUGAUUCCUAUAUCUUCAAUUAGGCGGAUGCAGAGCUACGGCCAUUGCAUGGUAGGGCACAGAGACAAUCUCUACAUUAUGAGGAAUGGACCAUCUGAUGAUUUCUUACGUUGCAACAUUGAAAACUACAACCUGAGCACACAGCAGUGGACAACUCUAUCUGGACAGUAUGUGAACAGUAAAGGAGCCCUCUUCAACGCUGUCAUCCGGGGAGACACUGUCUUCACCUUGAACAGAGUAUUGACUUUGCUGUACAGAGUAGGCACUCACACCUGGAAGCCCAUAAAGGAGAAGACUGGAUUUAACAAAGGAGGAUCUCUGCACACGUUCUUCCUGAGAUUACCAACAAAGACAAAGCUGAUGGCCAGUAAAUUAUACACAAAUCCUCAUCAGAGUUUCUUAUAA